GGGAUGACGUCAAAUACAAGAUGGAUGGAAUCACGACAGCAACACGCUCAACACAUUUCUAAAAGAAAGUCGUAUUUCAGUGCUGCCUGGGAAUACGACAAGUAUAUUGGCCAGAAUGGAAAACUUGGUUCACUACAGUAACCCGGCGCACGCGAUCUCGCUGCUGAGCAUCCUCAACGAGCAGCGUCUGAGGGGGCAGCUGUGUGACAUCGUGCUGGUGGUGGGCGAGCAGCGCUACCAGGCCCACCGGAGCGUCCUGGCCGCCAGCAGUGAGUACUUCCAGUCCCUCUUCACCAGGAGGGACUCGGAGCCCCGGCCCGCGGUCCAGCUGGACUUCUGCGAGCCGGACGCCUUCGAGCUGGUGCUGAACUACAUCUACUCGUCCUCCCUGUUCGUGGAUAAGGGCAGCCUGGCUGCCAUCCAGGAGCUGGGCUACAGCCUGGGCAUCCCUUUCCUCACCAACAUCAUGGCCAUGCGGCCGCAGGUGUCUUACUGCAUCUCGAGGAAGAGGGUGUCCUUUAAGGAAGAGGAUGACGGCGGUUACCAGCAGAGGAGCGUCAUUGUACGGCAGAGCCGCGGCGAUGCUCCUGGCGCCGGUGGUGCUCAGAGCCAGAGCACAAACCCACUGAAGUCACUGAAGCACGGCCCUUACUCGGCCUCUGCAGAGGAAGCCUCAGCCUUUCCAGUUAAAGAACAAAACCAGACCUCUCGACAGUGUCGCGGUAAAGCAAUAAAGAGGAGCAGUGACUUCACAGACAGAAAUCCCAGCAGGCCCUCUGAUGCCCCUGACGACAAAUCCAUCAUGGCCGUCACUCCAUCCAUAAUGAAGGGACGGUCGGCUCAGAGCACCAUGUCUGUACGACCUCAGCUGACCUCCUCGGUAUCGUUCAGCGAGUCUCAAAUACAGCAUGCCAGCUUACAGCCGUAUUCCGGUGUUGACCCAGGAGAGGACCAGCCAGAGCCCCAUUACAGCCCCAAAAUGGCCGCGCCAGGCCAACAAGCAGAGCGACACCAACCUGUGGACCGCAGCGGGCCUCUCAUUAAAAGUCUGCUCCGGAGGUCCUUAUCCAUGGACAGCCCUGUUCCCAUCUUCUCCCCCGCACUGGAGCUCAAAGACUCACAGAACAGAGAGCACUCUGUCGUGAAAAUGGCCACCGCAAAGGCGAGCGCGAUGCCGUCCGCCGAUCAGAAGCAUCAGGGGUCGCCGCAGGACGUGCCGCCGUUGAUUCUCAGGCCCAGGCACCACAACAUGUACGAGAGGGGAGACACUCAGGGAACCGAGGUCCACGUGAAGACCGAGCCCAGCAGCCCACUGGCUGACCCUUCUGACAUCAUACGUAUCACAGUAGGGGAUAAUCUGCCCGUCAACUUCAGAGACCUGCAAAUGAACUUUGAUGAAAACCCAAAAGGCUAUUUCAAUCAUGCUGGGAAGCGCAGGGCAAGGCUGGAUAACCUCAGUAGUCCGUAUAAGCGGUCUCGGGUGGGGAACGAACACCAUCUCACACACAAAGAGACUGGACCUGCUAACGUACAGAGCACCUCGAACGCGGAGGACGGCAGCGAAGAGCCAGGCGAGUUGAGACCAAACAAGAUGUUUAAAUGCUGGAACUGUUUAAAGAUCUUCCGAUCAAACGCGGGUCUGUACCGCCACGUGAACAUGUAUCACAACCCAGAGAAACCGUACGCCUGCGACAUCUGUCAUAAGCGCUUUCACACCAACUUCAAAGUGUGGACCCACUGCCAGACGCAGCACGGUGUGGUCCAAAACCCGGCGCCGUCUUCAAGCUCGUACUCGGUGCUAGAUGAGAAGUUCCAGAGGAAGCUGAUCGAUAUUGUGCGAGAGCGUGAAAUCAAGAAAGCCUUGAUCAUGAAGCUCAGGAGAAAUAAACAAAAUUUACAGGUUCAGCCCUUUGCCAAAAAGAGUUUGCGGUCAAGAUCAACCUACGUUUGCCCUUACUGUGGGAAGAUGUUCUGGUUCCAGUCGCAGUUCAGGCAACACCUGAAAAUGCACCCCAUGGAAAAUGACAACCCUCAGAUGGACAGAGGGAGUGACUCUGCGGACCAGAACCAGAACCAGAUUGCUCACUUGAAAGAGAAUCAAAGCAAGGACGUGUACUCUUGCAAGCUGUGCAACGCCAAGCUGUCCUCCCCCAUGGAGCAGGGAGACCACGAAAGGGGCUGCAGGCACGCCACCGUCUGCCCAUACUGCGGCCUGCGCUUCUCCAGUGCCUCGGUCAAGAGAGACCACGAGGGCCACUGCGACUACAAGAAGCUGACCUGCCUGGAGUGCAUGCGCACCUUCAAGUCCUCCUUCAGCAUCUGGCGACACCAGGUGGAGGUCCACAACCACAACAUGAUGACCGUCAGGGAACAGCUGUCUCUCAGCCAGCAGGAGAACCACAACCAGGCCCCAGACGCCCUUCGAAGUCCGAUCCCUCCUCUGCACCAGGAGCCGCUGGAUGCGAGGAAGGAGGCCUUCUAUCGUGACUCCUCGUCACUGCCCAUGUUUGACUCGGAGGAUUCGUCGUACGCCCCCGAGGACCUCAGCAUGGGCUCCCACGAGCAGGGCGACAUGCAGGUAAAGGAGGAGCCCAUUGAGGAGGCGGUAUGUGAGGAGGAGAACGCGGCCGCCGGGAGCGCCACCGCCGCCGCCAACGCUGCCUCUGACGAGCCGGGCGUGUGGCCUUGUGAGAAGUGCGGCAAGCUGUUCAGCUCGCACAAGGACCUGGAGCGGCACCAGGAGCUGCUGUGCCACAUCAAGCCCUUCAUCUGUCACAUCUGCCACAAGGCUUUCAGGACCAACUUCCGCCUCUGGAGCCACUUCCAGUCGCACGUGGCCACGGCGGACGAGCCCGUCGUGAGGGACAUGGAGCACCAGGCGUCGUCGCCAUCCCCCUCGCCGCCGCUCUCCAUUUCCACCUCGCCUCCCAACACUGCUCUGGCCUCCGUCGCAGUCUCCUCCGAGGAGGAGCCGGGGGGACCCGUCGGCGCGGCGACUAACAUCGCAGGGCCCGAGCAGGAAGGAGCUGACGACGGCCCCUCCCUGUCCAAGCCAGACGGGACGGAGACGUCUCUCAGCCCUCAGGAAUCCGACACGCUGUUCUACCAUGCCCCCACCCUGUCCGCCCUCACCUUCAAGAGGCAGUACAUGUGCAAGCUGUGCCACAGGACUUUUAAGACGGCGUUCAGCUUGUGGAGUCACGAGCAGAGUCACAACCGCCUGUGACAUCAGCACAACCCCCAUGACCUGCAGUGCCGGAACAGACUGUUGAUACGGAAGCAGGAUCAGAUUAUCAUUUGAUUUGGUUAUUGCGUUACGUUACACUUAGUCACGCGGAGUCAGGUUAUUUAUAUGUUCCUCUAAUUUUGUCGAGCUUUAAGAAUCAUAGGUGUUAACGUGUCCUAAAUGAAUCUAUAUGAAUGUGCACAAAAUGGUGCAAAGCAGAGAAAUGAGAGGUCAAGGGAUCCUGUUUUGUAUAUCAAAACUAUCUAUGUUAUGGUGAAUUUUCUAGCAUGAAAAUGGAAAUAGAUACUAACUUCUUUCAACUGAUUACGUGGGGAAGAUAUUAGCAGUUUAUUGCAGUUCAGAUGUUUCACAGUAGUUCUAAUGUACAAAUGACCGCCUUGGGUUGAAACGAGAAUGUGUACAAAUACUAAUUGCUUACUUUAUGUGAGUUCUUUCAAUCUGCCUUUGAAAUUUUAAGUAUGUAGGCCUAUGCGUAGGAAAUGUAAUGCUUAACCCUCGUACCAAUGAAAAGCCAGUGGUUUAUUUAAAGGAAGUGCUUUAUCUAGGCCUAGUGGUGCAGUUUUAGAUUAACUAAGUGCUCUUGCUUAUGAAUGGUCCAUGUCUCGUGUGCUGGCACAGUAGAUGGGUGUUCUGAAGAGGUUGCCUUCGUAAUUAGUGAGUGGAUAACUGCCAUGGUGUAGCAGCCUUCGGUGACUAUUUAACUGACCUAUAGCACUUUCGUCAUGCCUCUACGACUUACUUAGUAACAGCCCAGCUCAUUCCCUGGUUGUAACAUGUUUAUGACGUUCAGUUCACAUCUGUUAAGCCCAAACGUAUAUGGGAAUCUGUGUUUGGGACCUGUGCUGUCUGCAGUCCACAGACAGGAGUUCUCCUCUUAUUGAACAGAUGCGUAUAAUAGCCUAGAGAUCAGCUGUUAUGAUUUUUUUUUUUUUAUAUUAUAGAUUUGAUAUCAAGAUAUUGUACUUUACUUGAAUGGCACUGUUAUCUGUUAAGUUGUCCAGGUGUGACCAUAUAAUAUGUCAGCCGUGCGACUGUAAAGAACAAAUUUGAACAGCAGACCGGCGGGCUUGACAUUUUGUACAGUGCGUCUGUAUUAUUU